UCAUGACAAUGGCAGAUAGGGGGGAAGAAAGUCCUCCACAAAGGUCAAGCAAGCAUUCUAAAGAAUCAGCUCGUAAGGAGUCAAGGAAACAUAGAAAAAGAAGUCGAAGUUCUCAAUCAAGCUCUGAUAGUUCAGGAUCGUCAAGCAGUUCCAGCAGCCCAGUAAGGAAAAAAUCAAGAGUCUCCAAGUUGAAGAAAAGAAAGGCAAGGAGAAGUCCAUCAACAGAAACAGACAAAAGUGUUGAUUCAAAUGACUCAGAAAAGAAAAGACACAGAAGGAAAGAAGACCAGAGAAAACAGGGCAAGAAAACUAGGAAAAAGAAAGAGAAAGCACGGAAAAAAGAAAAGAGGUCAAAGACAGCUGUCAAUCAAGACAAGUAUGGUAAAUAUGGAAUCUUGGUGGAAAGUGACAUGUUCAAUAAACAACAAGAAUUUUACUUGUGGCUCCAAGAAGUCAAGAAAAUAAACCCUGAAGUGUUUCCUAGAUCUGAAAUGAAGAAAAUGUUUGAAACUUUUGCAGAGGACUAUAACACUGUAACACUACCACAUAAAAAGUUUAAACUGAUAAUCCACAAAAAAAAGGUAAACCUCUACAUUAAGAUUAUAUUUUUGUUUCUUCGUACAGGAAUGAGCAAAGCAGAUUUACUUGAAAUGCAGCGAGUUAUGCGAGAAAGACAACAGGAGGAUUACAAGAAAAAGGCUGGCAUGAAACUUGAUGAAACUAAGGGUGUGAGAUAUCACACAAUGAAUCCAUAACUUGUCACUUUAUUUAACAAAAUUUUAACAGUAAAUAUUAUAUACAUAGCAUUUUUCAACGUUCAGUCUUCACUAUCUUAUUGCCCAAAUAUUUUUCUUUUUUAUUUCCAUGCUAAUUUUGAUCUUUAGUAAUCUUUAGUAUCAUGCGGUGUGAAAUAAACAUUCCAGCAUUGUACUAGAAAAUAGGUUUCACUACAGUUCUUGAUAAAUAUAAAAGUUAAGCAUAACACAACCUUCACUCAGAAACAUUUUGUAAUACCUAGAAAAAUAUAGCCUUAAGCUUAUUGUACACUUUUGUCAUUUGUUGUAACUUAUUGUAUAGGUUGCAAUGAAAUGAUGAAAAAGCUAUCUUCUUCCUCCAGAAAGAAAAGUUCUCUUCUCAUUUCAUACUUUGGCUUUUCAAUUAAACUCCAACUCUAUGUGUUUUCAGAGUGGCUCACAUCCUGGCUUUUGUCACUUUGGGCAUUGCAGUCUUUGUUUAAUGUGCAGCAGCAGCAACAGAGUACUUCAAAAUACUCUACUUCUAUAUUUAAUUUGCUUUUCAACUGAUAAAUAUAGUUAUCAAAAUGAUCACUAAAGUUGGCUGAUUAUCCAGGGUUGAGCAGUCCUGAAAAGGACUGUUGCUGGCAGCAGUGACUGACAUUUAAACAACCUGAGUCAAAGUCACUCUGAGUACAAGCGACUUUGAUGAUAAUUUCCUCUUUGGUAUGCAAACAUCAGUCACUAAAACUGCAAACAGUCCUUAUCAAGACCACUCUCACCUGAACCAUCAGACUGAUUGAACAACUGCUACUCCUUGGUUCAAACCUUUUGCUGCUCUGCAUUAAGACUCUUUAAAUAAAUACAUUAAAACAGUGAUGCAUCC